UUAGCUCUGCCUUAUCUGUUCCAAGUCUCAACAUGUGCCAAGAAAGGAAAGAACAAGCAGUGGCGACCCUCCAGAUAUGAAGUUGGUGAAGCUCUGUUGCUUCAUGUAAAGACCAUUGGAGACAUUGAACCAACUUUGUUAAACCGGCUGAAAGAAAAGUAUGAGCCAUUCAAUUUAAGCCUGGGACAUCAAGCAAUCGUUGUUGGCCCUGAUGUGGAUUCGAUUCAGCAAAGCUACAUCCGUGUCAACAAUAUUCUGUACAAGGUGGACAAUGCACGCAAGGCUUUAGACAUUACUUUCAAGAUUUUUCAUUCACUCGAUGGAAAAUAUCACACUGAAGCAGAGAGGGAAUGGCUCUUCUUGGAAAGAGCUGUGUAUGGCAUCAAUGAAGGCAAAGAUGGAGAUGGACGAAUCAAAAGCAUUUGUUGUGAGUAUCUGAAGUUUAAAUCAUCUAACUAA